UUCGAUCUCAUGAGAUGCGGUGUGUCAUUAUUACGGGCUUUUCCUCCAUCCCUCUUUGACUAUUUUAUUCUUUUCCAGUUUCCAAUCUCCUUUCGAUUGGUUUGAUUCCACGGGAACAUAAUCAUAAACCUGAACGGAAAUCUGAAUCCCAUGUGAUAAGAAGAAGAAGAAGAAGAAGAAGAAGGAGAAUCCUCUGAUUGUGUAAGGUUCUGAACAGUAUAAAAAGAUGGGAUCUUUCAAGGGUCAUGCUCUGCCUGGUACACUGUUUCUUGUCGUUGGUGUGUGGCAUAUAUGGAGUUCAGUGGUUCGAUAUAUAUCGAACCCUAGUUCUUUUCGUGUCCGAGUGUGGAACCCUGUUCCUGGAUUCAAUGGCAAGCUCAAGUACUUGGAGCUUUAUGUUGUGGCCAUUGGUGCAUUCAUUGACAUGUGCAUCGAGCUCUUGUACUCGACACAUCUCAAGUUUUUCGUUAAUGGUGUCUUGAAUCCAUCCCACAUGAAUGAUUUCGAGCAUUCGGGGAUGCUUCUGAUGUUCUUCAUCUUCGGGGUUGUCUCUUUGGUCUCCGAGAAGACAAGGUUACUUCCUCUCAAACAAGAAGCUCUAUGUCUAAUUGCUGCAACAGCAUUCACAGCAGAGUACAUCCUCUUCUUCUUCCACUCCACAUCCCACAAAGGUCUAGAAGGUUACUACCAUCUCCUCCUCGUCCUUCUCAUUGGCCUCUGCGUCAUAUCAUCCAUGGCAGGAUCCCUCUUCCCUACCAGCUUCCCUUUAGAUCUCUGCAAUGGCAUUGCCAUAACCCUUCAAGGGCUGUGGUUCUACCAGACAGCUUUCACCCUCUAUGGCCCGAUGAUGCCCGACGGCUGCAGGCUCAAUGGCAAUGCCAUCUCUUGCAGAUCAACUGAUUCCCAAGUCCGAGGUGAGUUUCUGGCUAAUUUCCAGAUGUUCUCUAUGGUUCUGGGUGUUCUUGUUUGUGUUGUGGGUACUUAUGUUUUUGCAGCUUCAAGAUCUGUGUGUGUGAGUAAAUGACAAGACAUUAGGAACGGUAGACUGAGGGUUUCCUUUUUUGUCUUCUGAUGUUCCUCUCUCUUUUGAGAAGAAAAGAAGAAAGAAAGAGAAUCAUCUUGUCUUCUUCUGAUGUUUUCUUCAAAGAGUAAACAGUUAAAGAGGAGGCCAUUCAAAUUCUUUGGUUGAUCUUUUGUUUGUUGGUCGAA